AUGCCUCGCCGAAAGUUCAUCGAUAAGAAGAACGCGACCAACUUCCGUCUCGUCCACCGCGCCCAGAAUGACCCCCGAAUCCACGACGAAGAUGCCCCACAGAUGGUCUUUGCCGAGAGGGCUGCACCCAACCAACGCGAAACCGACGAACCCGCAGGAAGUUCGCGUGCGUCGCAAUACUCAGCCGCGACGGGACGCAGCAAGAUCAAGUCGAGACGCGAACUAGAGAGCGAAUAUGGCGCCCAAGUACGGAAGAACGAGGGUGAAGCCGCCAACUACGGCAUCUACUACGACGACACCGAGUACGACUACAUGCAGCACAUGCGCGACCUGGGCUCUGGCAGCGGCGACUCAUACUUCAUCGAGCCCAAGGCGGAGAAGAAGGGAAAGCAGAAGAUGGACUUGGCAGACAUGCUGCGCGAUGCAUCGCUGAACGACAACAGAAGCCAGGCCGAUCUCAGCGUGAGCAGCAACAUCAGUAGCGCGAGCGAACUAUUCGGAGAAGACAUGGCACCCUCGGAAUUUGUGCGCAAGACGACCUACCAAGACCAGCAGGACGUGCCCGACGCUCUCAAGGGUUUCCAACCAGACAUGGACCCACGCCUACGCGAAGUGCUCGAAGCGCUCGAAGACGAAGCCUACGUCGACGACUCUGACGACAUCUUCAACGAACUCGCCCAAGACGGCUUCGAAGUCGACCAACGAGAAUGGGACAGCGCCGACCUCUUCGACGACGAGACCGACGAUAGAGACCCCAUGGACCGCUUCCUCUCUGAAGAAGACCCAGGUUGGGAAACCGACGACACAAUCAAAGCCUCAUCCCCCAAGCUGCGCGCUCAGAAACCUUCAACAGACCCUACAGACCCAUCCUCCCUCCCCGCUCCAGACGAAGCGCCCGCCCCCGCCGACGCAGCAGACAUGGCGUACCUAGACGAAUUCAAAAAGUUCAAACAAGACGUCAAAGCCGCGAAACCCACGACCGGCAACCCCAGAAACGGUGCUGCCGCGGCAGACAACCAAUCCUUCAUAACUGGUGCUUCAGCCCUCACAGCGGGCGGCCGCCGCAAGAAGCGCAAAGGCGCCAAAACAUCUACAUCGGGGUACUCCAUGUCCUCCUCCGCGCUCCACCGCACAGAAGGCCUCACACUCCUCGACCAGCGCUUUGACAAAAUCGAAGAAGAGUACGCUGACGACGAUGGUUUUCCCGAAGAUGACUACGGCUACGACGACUCUGCUUCCAUGGUCAGUGGUAUGUCAAAGAUGUCAGGCAUGAGCAAAAUGAGUGGGAUGAGUGGGUGGUCGAGUAGUGAGGCGCCGCCACUUCGGGGUGAUUUCGACAGUAUCAUGGAUGAUUUCCUGGGGAGCCAUCAUACGGCGGGUAAGAGUGGAAGGAGGGUCAAGAAGGGCAAGCAGCAGAGUGGCAUGGAGCAGUUGGAUGAGGUUAGGAAGGGGCUGGGGGCGCCCAAGGUUAAGCCGCAGGAUAGGUUUAGUGUGCUGAAGGUUUGA